CUCUUCCAGUGCGUCGGAGCGGCUGAGCGGCUCCUCCCGCGCCGGGCUGUGACUCCUGGCUGUCCGGGGCUCAUGGUUCCCGCCGCCGCGCCCUCCCGGAGACGAUGCGCCCGCUCGCCGUCGCGGCUCUGCUCGGGUUCCUCCUGCACGCAGGAGCUGGUCUGCAGAUCCAGUGUUACCAGUGUGAGGAGAUGAAGCACAACGACUGUUCCACGCCGGACUACAUCGUCAACUGUACCGUCAACGUGCAGGACAUGUGUCAGAAGGAGGUGCUGGUCAAGCCUGAUGGGAUCCACUACAGGAAGUCGUGCGCCUCCUCGGGCGCGUGCCUCAUCGCCUCCUCGGGCUACCAGCAGUUCUGCACCGGCAGGCUGAACUCGGUCUGCAUCUCCUGCUGCAACACGCCGCUCUGCAACGGCCCCAAGAGGAAGCGCCCCGCCCCGACCGCCGCCGCCUCGCGCCCGCGGAGGAAGUGGCCGGUUCACCUGGCGCCGCCCCUCCUGGCGCUCCUCCUCCUCCUGACGUAGGAGCUCCGGGUCCGGUUCUGGUUCCCUUCGCGAUGAAGCGGCUCCAGAACUUCCAGAUUGUAGAAUAUCAACACGCUGUCUGAAAACGCUUCCCGUCACGUUCCGAGACGUUCCGCGCUGCAGGCGGAGGUUCGGUCGUGAACGAACCGCUGAUCCGUUGGAUGUGAGCCCUCCGGCGACCGAGCUUUUGUCCUGCUCUGCAGCUGAAGGCGGCUUCAGACUGGGGGGGGUCGGGGGGGGCGUCACUGUGUCUCCAUCAUGUACAUUCUGAAGCUGAUUGAUGUUGGAACCCCGGGGAGUGUUUGGAAAGCUUUGAACUGUGCGAAUAUUCCCAAUAAUCCUUCAGAACUACUUACUCGACACUUCACCAUAGUUAGGUUCUUAUUUAAAAACUCGCAGCUUUAGCCGGCCCCGUUUACACGACAAUUUCUUCAAAUAAAAAUAGUCUGAUUUUCCGGUUUCACUUGAGAGAAGUUUCAGAGACGAUGUUCUUCUUGUCCGUUUACCGAGAACCUGCAGAAAAAACUAAAUCCAUGUGCAUGCACAGUAGCAGUGUUUCAGAAAAGUUACGUUUCUCCCGUUUACACAGUGGUAGCAUUUUCAAAAAGUUGCGUUUGAGAGUCUUAGUUGUAUCAACGAACGCCCAGACCCUGAGGGGAGUUUUCUGUUGUGUCUUGAGUUCGUGUAACCGGGGCCUCAGAUCGAUUCAUAUCCUGUAUUCUAAUAUAUCUCUGUGUUGUGGAGAGAAACAGUCGCCAGAGGCGGAAGAAGAGCAGGAUGACUGACGAGUUGAGAUGGAAACUGUGCUCUGC